AGUAAACAAUUAAUUGAUGCUGUGCAGUUGCUAAAAUGCACUAUUGGUAAUCAUUUGAAUGAAUUAAGUUACAAAAUUAGUAAAUUCGAAAUUAUAAAGGAGAAAAUUUUACAAUUUAAGCAUUUAUAAAUUUCCAUUGGAAUCUGUUCUCUUGGAUUAUCAUAAUAAGAAUAGCAAACACUCUGCGAGAUCAUGGUUGAUGUUGGAAUUAAUAUAGAUGCUUUGCAAUCUGGUCUUAAAGCUGUUAGAGCUCUUAGAAGUACAGUUUUAGAAGUUUUUAAGUUCCUUGGUGAUGGUGCAACAGCUGCUUAUGGAGAUGAAGAGCGUGAAAAAUUUAUUAAUGAAGUGCAAGCGACGCUUGCUAAUGUGAAAAUUCGAAUGAGGGAAUUGGAAACUGCUGGAACUCUACUAGGUUCUCCGAAUCCUCCUUUAAAUCUUGGGAAUUCUGGUCUGCUAAGUCAAGAUCCGGCAUAUGAGAAAACUCCUCUGUACUCUGAAUUAAUAAAGUCACAUCGUUGGUUUGAUAAAGUUUAUGAGCUGAGUACUCAUGCAACCAGUAUUUUCUCUCAAAAUUCUCUAAAAAGAGCACACUUCAGCCCAUUGACACCUUCAAAACAAUUAAGAACAAAACCUACAGGUCAUAACCUUCCUCCUCAGUUUGUUGAUCAGACAGCCUCUCAUUUAACUCGAAUAUUUCCAGACAUAGAAAUGCAAGUUAUUAAACCUUAUGGCACUUCAACCAUAAUAAUGGUUUCUGUUGCACGUACUCUAAAAGCACUCAUUAUGUUAAGAGGUUUAAUUAUUGAUUGGGUUAUUGUAAAAGGAUAUAAUGAAGAUUUCUAUACUGAUAAUGAUAAGUUGGAUAUGUGGUCAGGAUCCCGAUAUUUAGUCUUUCAGAAGGUUACUGAGCAUGCAAAUGCUGCCAUGUUGCAUUUUUACUCUCCAAAUCUCCCUGAGCUUGCAGUUCGAUCUUUUUUGACAUGGCUGAGAAGUUACGGAACUUUAUUUACUGCACCGUGCCGUAAAUGCGGCAAUAGACUUCAUAAUAAUAUGCCUCCAACCUGGAGGGAUGUCAGAAACUUAGAUGUUUAUCAUGAAUCCUGUAAACCAUAAAAUAAGUGCCUUUGUUUGUAUCAUGUGUAUGCAUGCAUUUGUAUAUGUAUAUAUUUUUACACUGUCAUUCUCAUUAAAAUAAGCAAUUGUUUUUUUUUUAAAUUUAUAUUCCAUUGUUUGAUUUAAAUCAUUAUUGUUUUUCAAAAAUAUUUUAUGUUAAAUUGUAUUUAAGUGCUUUGAAUCCAUGAAACAUUAAAAAUUAUACCUUUUGUAAAAUAUUUAUUUAAUAAAGUUAUUUAUCUACCACUUAUCUCUACGUGUAAUCUCAGAAUACAAAAUUGCCGAUUCUUCCAUAGUAAUUCAGUAAAUCUCAUUAUUUUAUUGUACUCAGCUAUUUAUUUAUCAUGUGUCCUCUCAGAAUUCUAUUUUUUUUAAGAUAUGAUAUAAGGUAUUUUUAGUUGAUAUUACAGCCAUUAAAUACCAUUUUAUAAGAAAUAUGAUAAUGGAAAUCUGUAUACAAGUACAUACAAAACUUCAAAAUGACAUUAUUGUUAAAACAUUUUAUUUUUAAUUUCUAAGUUUCUCAACUAUUGAAGGUGUAUUGUUUGUUUUGUUUUUUCUUUUCUUUAUUAGUACAAGAUAUUUUAUGAUAUUUCCAUGAUUUUGUUGAAUGCAGUAUAAUAUUUUGAAGACAUUGUGUGCCUUUAUGGUUGUUUAAAAUUAUGUCCUAUAGCUUAUGAUCCACAAGAUUAAUGAAAAUUACAGUAGUUGAUCUGAAGAUAUUUUUUAAAAUUCAGAUUACAAUUAUUUAUAUACAUGGGCAUAACUUUUCAAGUUUGGAAAGUCAAACUGAUAAAAAAGUAAAGCUAUCUAAGGGGGUGGGGGGAGAAAAAAAUUUUUUAGCUGGAUUCAGCCUCAGUACUUUUUUUUCUAUGAGAAGGUGUUAUAUGAUUGCCACCACAAAGAAAAUUUUUGCUGCAUUACAGUGUUUUCUUUUCAUUUGUUUUAGUCAAAUAGCUAUCUCAUUUAGUGUAAAUUUAAUGUGAAUAUUUAUUUUGUGUGUGCCUUAGUAUUAAGAUAUCAGAACCAGGACCACAGAGAUCUUUAUUUGAAACCCAUAUCCAAAAAAGAUCUAUUGUGCAUGUUGACCUGGUGCAGAUUUAAUAUGACUUAGUGGGUUGAAUGCCCUGCUGAUAUGAUGUUGAAAUUUGGAGAAGAAAUAAGCCCAGAAAUAAUCCUUAUCAUCUGAUCAUUGUUUAAAAUAAAAAAAUCAAUUCCUAAAUAUUCCUUGUGUUUUUUCAAAAUGUUCCCAAAGGUUCUGUAUUUUCUUUUUUUAAAUCAAAAAUAUUGUUUUGAAAAAUUAAGUAUCAUACAUACAUAUCACAUCUCAUAACAGCAGUCUACUUAUA